AUAAGGUUCUAAAAAUGUUUUUUUCUGUAGAUUUCAGAUUUUAUAACUUAUAAUUUUGGAAUUUAUAUUUUGUGGAUCUCAAAUGUAGUGGCAUCUAACAGUAGAAGAAAGUAACUAGUGACUUUUCAACGUAUGGAUUAGUAAAAUGUUUUAAAUAACUGGAAAGGUUUUUGAUAGGCAUUAGUAAGUCAAUUGUGAUAAAUAAUGCACGUACUUGAUUUUCAAAGUAUGUUCAAUCCGUACAUUUUUUCGCUAAAUAGCUAAGCAUUAGAGUAAAAGCUUUAAUAAAUAAAAAUGUGAAAUUUUUUUUCAUUUGUUUACUUUUUUUGACGAAGAAUUUUUUAUAUUUAAAUUUAUAAACAGUCAUGGAUGUGUCCACGGAUGCAUUGCAAUAUAGUAUAUCACAUAAAAUAGAUGAAGAAAAUUUAAGCAACGAUGUCUUGAUGAAGAUAGGGCAGGACCUUGACAUUGAUGAGAUAAUGUCUAUUUUGUUUUUAAUCACAGACAAUUAUGGUUAUAGUUUUAAUAAUGUGAUGUUAUUGAGUCAGGAUAAUAAAUCUCAGAUGCUUGUUAAAUUUGUAAACAAUAUUAGGGACAAUAGGAAAGAAAAAUUAUUAGAAGCAUUAUGUAUUAUACAAAAUAAGCAGAUUAUACGUAAACUUGGAAUAUUAUUUGACGAUUUACAACUAAUGUAUUUACCAAGAAAUAGAGUAUGUUCAAGACAUGUGAAUUCAGUUGCAAAAUGUUUGUAUUUUUUAUGUGAAGCACUUACUGAAAAUAGAACUGAACAUUUAGUAAAAUGUGUCAAAAGUGAUAUGACUGAAUAUAAAGAAGAAUUGAAGGAUACAGAUUUUCUUGAAUUACAUAUAUUCUAUUGGUUACAACAAAAAUACAUUUCAAUUGAUUUAGAUGGUAAAAUAAGUCUUAAGAACUUACUUAAACAUUUAAAGACGUUCGAUGAUUUGGAACUUAUUUAUGAAGACCUUAAGAGGUUUGAAGACAAUCAAAAUGUUUUGGAUGUACAACAUGCUGGCACUAGUGCUAUUUCUCAAUUACAAAUGUCUUCUGCUAAAGGAAAUGUACAUGUGUUAUCAACUGUCAAGGAACAAAGUAUAAGAAAAGUGAAGACUGGUCUUUGCAUUAUUAUUAGUCAGAUGGUUUUUAUUGGUCAAAAGUAUGAAACACGAUUUGGAAACUUAGCCGACUGUAUUAAGUUAUUAGAAACAUUUAAAGGUUUUAGUUUUCGUGUUGAAAUAUUUCAAAGCUUAAAAAAGGAUGAAAUGCUUAAAAAGUUGGAAGAUAUUCCAAAAGAUUUCGGGACUGAUUAUGAUUGCAUAUUUGUAUGCAUUUUGAGUCAUGGCUGUAAAGGUGGUGUUAUCACUUCAGAUGAGGAAACAGUCAACAUUGAAACAAUCGAACAUAAAAUUUGUUGUAUAGAAUUAGCAGAUGUUAUUAAAAUAGUUAUUAUACAGGCUUGUCAAGGAGAAGUAGCAGGAAAAGUAGAUAAUGACUUGACUACAGACAGUCCUAUGGAUGGUAUUUCAAACAUUUUAGCGUACAAAAACUUUUGCAUGUUUAUGUCAACAAUGCAGAAUUUUUUAUCAGUGCGUCAUAAAACUGAAGGUUCUUGGUUCAUUCAGGAAUUUUGUAAUGUUUUACAACAAGGGGGAGGUGAAAUGACAUUUUUACGUGCAGUUACAAAAACCAUAGAUUCAUUAAUGCAAAAGAGAGGAAAAUUGAAUGGAACAGAUUCGGUUGCCCAGUUAGCUGAAUUAAGGUCAUUCAGAUUACUUAACGAUUUUCUCUUACCGGAAUAUCAGGCACCCAGAAAAUAAGAAAUUAACAUUUGCAUGUCAAAGUGAACUAACUGCUUUGCGGAUAAUAGUAUGGAAUACAUCCACAUUUCAUAUUAAUUACAUUAGCUCGGCAUUCUACC